AUGCGUGACCCUUUCAAAAUAAAGCUCCAGCAACCGUUUCAUGGGAGAAGCGCAGCACCAGACACCUGCUUUAGUCACAAGCUCCCUGAGGAUUUCUCUCCAGCAUUUGCACAGAAAAAUCACAUUAUGAUGAUGUUUCUCACAACAUGGAUGUUAUUACUGUCUCUUUGUCACGGAUCGUUCAACAUCGACCUUUCAAAAACUGACUUCAUCUAUCUGGAGUAUGGGGAGACCGCAGUUCUGUCGUGUCACAGCUCUGCUACCCUGGAUGAAGACGCAGAGGUUGUCUGGGAGGCCUGGGGCACCAAACUGGCCUCUGCGACAACAGCUGGAAGGACCAUAGCUCAUCAAUACAAUAAACAUGUCCGUUUUGCCUCAGACCUCACAGGGAACUGGUCUCUGGUGAUAGACUCAGUGAUUCUCAGUGACAGUGCUCUGUACGAGUGUCUGCAGGAGGGCAAAAAGAUCCUGGCUGUCACCUGGCUCCAAGUGCAACCUCCUCAGGUAGACUCUGUGAUGGAGGUCUAUCCCGAUAACACCCCAGUGACUCUGCCCUGUUACCUGCACCUGUCCAGGAACCAGGAUCUGGAUGAACUCAACGUGUGGUGGGAGAAAGAUGGGAAGAUUCUGUUGGAAAGGGUCGAUGGCGAGGUGACCGAACACAGUGAAGGCUGGCCUAACCCUGAAUACGAGAACUUUCAUAAUUAUGAUCAAAACCUUGACAGGUUUCCUUAUUCCCUGUCACAAUCUUCAGACUUUGGAGAAUACAACUGCUGGUACCGCACCAAGCAGUCAGAGAAAGCCAAGCCUGGGAUUCCUGGAACUAUCAAAGUUAUAUUCAAAUACUUUAUUUAUGACUCAGAAAAUGAAAAUAAUACAGAGAACGCCACAGAGGAAUCUGGAAGUACUUUCUCUGGGAUUGUUCCUUUUGAGCUUGACAUUGAGGAAACUACAACAAGUGAAAUGCCAAUAUUUGUCAACACAGUUACAGCGGUAAUGGAAGUAAGUAGUAGCACAGAGACUCUUCCGAUGGAAGCCCAAGAGGAAACGUUCACUUCUUUCCCCCAUGAAGAUGUGGAUGAAGAAGAGGAGGACUCAGUGGACUGGUCAGACUUCCCAUGGGUGCGGAUUGGACUCAUCGCUGCGGUUUUAUCAGCGACAGCGUUGGUUCUGUGCAUUCUUGGACUUCUACAUAAACUUUAA